CGUCAGCAGCGCGCAUUGGAGACACACACACACACACACACACACAAAAAAGCGCAUCACGGACAAAGGAAAUAUGGGUGCGCUGGAGAGGAUUCGCCUCAGCCGGGAAACACAAUGGAUGAGCCGCUUCUGUUUCAUUCACCGGGAGACCAAUUAGCCCACCUUAAUGAGGUGCUGGGAUGCAAGAUACUGCAAGCUAAAAAGGCGGAAGGCUGCGUUUAAUCCGUCUGCGGAUCCUAUGAGCUUGCAAUGGCUGUGGUGGGGAUAUGCAACUGGAUCGGGAAUAAUGUGCCUUUUUAUUUUGUGAUAUUCUCCUUAUUUUGUGGCCUUUCGCGCGGACAGUUGCGAUAUUCUAUCACGGAAGAGCUGGAAAACGGGGCACUGGUGGGUGAUCUGGCGCAUGACUUGGGGCUGGAUAUUCGAAAGCUCGCCACUCGUAAAAUUAAGGUAACCUCCAACAGCGGUAAACGCUAUGUGAUUGUCAACCCCAAAAAUGGGAGAUUACUUGUCAACGAAAGGAUCGACAGGGAAGCACUCUGUGACUUAUCCAGCACUUGCCUCAUGAAUCUUGAGGUGCUGGUCGAAAACCCCACCGAGGUGUACCAUGUCGAGGUGGAGAUUGUGGAUGCCAAUGAUAAUGCGCCGCAGUUCCCCAGAGACGAGUAUCAACUGGAAAUCACAGAAUCUGCUUUACCAGGGUCUCGUUACCCAAUUGAAAACGCUCAGGACCCAGACAUUGGGUCGAAUUCGGUUCGUAUUUAUCAGCUAAGCACAAACGACCAUUUCGCACUGGUAUCUAACAAACCCUCCCUAAAUACAAAGCACAUCGAGCUUGUGCUCAAAAAGCCCCUUGAUCGUGAACAGACGCCUUACCACCAAUUAAUUCUAAGUGCUGUGGAUGGUGGGACACCAGAGAAAACCGGCACUGCUAAAAUCAAUGUCCGGGUCUUGGACUCAAACGACAAUGUCCCCUUGUUCGACAGCUCAGUGUACAAGGUGAAACUGUUGGAAAAUUCGCCCAAAGACACCCUGGUAAUUAAACUGAAUGCAACUGAUCUGGAUGAGGGCACAAAUGGAGAGGUUUAUUACUCUUUCAGCAGCUACACUCCAGAGAGAGUGAGGCAGAUGUUCAGCAUGGACACCAAUACAGGAGAAAUAAGAGUGAGGAGCAAUGUUGACUAUGAAGAGACCAACUCCUAUGAAAUGUACAUCCAGGCGAUGGACAAGGGACCUGGGGCCGUGGCAGCACACUGUAAGGUAGUGGUAGAGGUGGUGGAUGUAAAUGACAACGUCCCUCAAAUAGUGUUGUCAUCCCUGUCGAGCCCUGUGAGGGAGGAUGCCCGUGCAGACACAGUCGUGGCCCUCAUUAGCGUUACUGAUCGAGACUCUGGCACUAACAAGCAGGUGAGCCUAGAGAUCCCAGCAGGCCUUCCUUUCAAGAUCAAGUCAUUCAGAAAUUACUACACUCUGGUUACCUCAGCCUUCCUGGACCGCGAGACCACUGAUGCCUACAAUGUCACUCUGAGUGCCACAGAUGGAGGAACCCCCCCCCUCUCCUCCCAGAAGACCAUACAGGUGGAUGUGGCUGAUGUUAAUGACAACCCACCACGAUUUGAACAGACCUCAUACACAGUCUAUGUGGCUGAGAACAAUGCCCCCGGGGCCUCUUUGUGUACUGUGAAAGCUCAAGACGCAGACAUCAAAGAAAAUGCACGCAUCACCUACACAGUGCUCAAUGACAACAACCAUGGUAUCCCUGUCACCUCCUAUGUGUCUGUGAAGGCCGAUACAGGGGAGGCUUAUGCCCUGCGAGCCUUUGACUAUGAGUCACUGAGAGAGUUUCACUUCCAGGUCAAAGCCCAAGAUGGGGGCAUUCCUCCGCUCAGCCGCGUCGCCACUGUCUACGUCUACAUUAUGGAUCAGAAUGACCAUGCACCGCUGAUAGUCAACCCUCCUGGCAAUGGCACGCGCUCCUUGGAGACGGUACAAAAGAACGCUGAGCCCGGUGCCUUGGUGAGCAAAGUGGUGGCAUAUGAUGCAGAUGCUGGUCCGAAUGCCUGGUUGGGGUACGUGCUGGAGACAGCCACUGAUCUGGACUUGUUCAAGGUGCAUGAACACACCGGUGAGAUCAGAACCACUCGGAGGAUCCUGGAGGACAACUCCACCUCCUUUGCUCUAACUGUCGUCGUGAAGGACCACGGGCAGCCUCCUCUCUCCUCCACUGCCACCAUCAACGUGGCUGUCAUGGAGGUGCCGCCCAAAGUGGUUCCUGACCCCAAGAGGAUCAUCCGACCUCACAGCACACUGCUUUUCUCCAAUGUGACCCUCUACUUAAUUGUGGCUUUGAGUGCCACCACCUUUGUAUUCCUGGUCACUGUGGUGGUGCUGGCCAUUGUCCGCUGUCAUGCCUACUGCACCCAGCCUGGGUCCUGCUCCCCCUGCUGUGUGUCACAGAAGCCCCCUCCAGACGGUGGGAGCAGCAGUGUAAGUGCUGGCGGAGGAGGCAGUGGUGGAGCUGGAGCACAGCCUAAUAACAAUGUGGUGCUUCGUAGAGACCUUAAAGUGGAGCCGCACUACAUCGAAGUGCGUGGGAAUGGCUCCCUAACAAAGACUUACUGCUACAAGACCUGCCUGACAGCCACCUCUGGCAGUGACACUUUCAUGUUCUACAACACAGGGCGUCCCAUCAGCGGCACCUGGGGCAGCGGUGCCGACCGCUUUUUCACCAGUGGAAGUGGAUUUGUACGCAGACUGAGUAUGCCUGAUGCCUCGCUGCAACUCUGCCCAGAGCCAAAAGCCCCGAAUGCUGACUGGCGAUAUUCUGCGUCGUUGAGGGCAGGGGUGCAGAGUUCGGUCCACAUGGAGGAGUCCUCUGUGAUGCAGGGAGCCCAGGGGAUGCUCGUGCAGAACUGGCCCACUGUUUCCAGCGCUGCAGAUGGAGAGGGUGGUGGAGAGCUUUCACCCCCAGUGGGCGCUGGAGUCAACAGCAACAGCUGGCACUUCAGAUAUGGCGCCGGACCAGGCUACGGCCCUCCUCAGCCCCUGAAGCCUGGAGAGAUUCCUCCUGAAGCCUUCAUCAUCCCUGGAUCCCCAGCCAUCAUUUCUAUCCGCCAUGACCCAGGCCCUGUGGAUGACAAAGGUGACUUCAUAAGUUUCGGCAAGAAGGAGGAGGCCAAGAAGAAGAAAAAGAAGAAGAAGGACAAGAAGGACAAGAAGGAGAAAGGAAAGGAUGAGGGGGGUGAAGAAUAGAGCAGAAGGGGUGACCUGAAAACAGAGCUACCAACAAACUAUCAACCCAAUAUCAGAGCCAGAAAAAAAGCUAAAUGCAUAUUGUAGAACCGAGGGAGCCUCUUUGCACCAUAGCAGAAGUGGUGACAGUGACAUAGUGACAGUGGUCAAACCCUCAUUAGACCAGGCCUGGCUCCCCACACCAUGCAAACUUGUUAAACAAAUGUUUUUCUCUCUCUCUUGGCUCAUUUGGCCCAUAACUUUGGCCAAGGUUUAUGGUAAACAAAAGUUCGCAGUAACUAGACUUAAUCUAAAGACUGGACCAAAUAAAAACAGAAAGUACAUCAUUGAAUUAGAUUAGCGUUUCUUCGAUUUGCUGCCCCCCAGUUUGUAUAAUGAAAAAUAAAAACACCUGAAAAGGUGUACUAUUUGUAUCUGACCAUUGUCAGCUGAGGCUGCCUGUGUUGGCAUCUCUGUCUUUAUGCAGCCCCUUCCUUUUCGACUCGCCUAGUUGGAGGUGAAGUUGAAGCCAAACUAAAAAAACACAAAACAGAGGCUUUUGUCUUCAGUAUUAUGGAGGCCUUGUAGAAAUUCAGAAAAUGUGGGCUUUUGUAAAAAAAAAAAAAAAAAAAAAAAAAUGAAAAAUGAAAAAGUGACAACAUACAGUCUAUGUACCAUGAGAUUAGCACCUUUAAGAGAAUGAGGUGGCUGAGAUAAAUAGGACCAGCCUCGAUUGAAGAGCUCUGUCUCAGUGUAACAUAGCAUAUUGCAGAGGCUGAGGACCUGCACUGGGUUGCACCAACUAUGCGCAAGUUUGUUCCCAGGUUAUGGUAUAAAGUAGUGGCUUAAUAACUGCUAGUUCAUUUGCAAUUAGCAAGUUACUAAAUUCGACUGUGGCAUGGGUACAAAGGGGGGAAUAGUUAUAACAUGAAGAUUUGAGAUGACAAGCUAAUCAGUGAUAACUUAAUCUACUUUGCUGAUGGGUACAAACCUCUUUGAUUUGUAGGUGACUAGAUUGGCAUAAAAAUUACAAUUCGUAAGAAGAAUCCAUAUUUGACUCUUAAAGGACAAUACUAGUUUUUGCAUGUUUUAGUCCAUCCUCUACAAAUCAUGUUAUAACUAACAUCACUGCUAACCAUUUUCCAAAGCACACCAUUGUGUUUUGGGAAUUUUCAUGUAUUUUUACAACCUUCCAGGCAGCCAUUGUUUCUUUAUUUAUUGUUCUGUAGCACAAGAACAAAUAGCUGAGACUGGAAACUAUUUUUCAUCAAGAAAUCCAUCAAAGCGAAAGCAGCGUCUGGUUUUAUUGUUGUUAAAGUAAUCACAUGAUAAUGUAGUUUGAGUACUCACAAUAACAUAACUCUGGCGAAAUGAAACACAGACGUGAUUGAUUACAUAUGGUAAGCAAGUCUCAGCAUGUUGAUUUUUACACUGUGUGGGAGUGAAUGGGAACCAGAUUGUGCUAGAAAAAAAAGGAAAGACACUCUGAAAAAUAUAAGAAGUCAAGAGGAAGAUAUUGAUAAGUAGUGUGUAAUGUGUGGAAAAAAUGGACAGAAACAUUCAAAACCACUUCUAUAGUCCUUUAAGUUGCAAAAUGGCAUGGGAUUAUAAUUAUAAAAUACGCUGUGUGCAGAAAAAAAGAAAAAAAGAUCAUCCUUAACUGUUAGUGAGUGCAAUUGUGUGAUUUUGUAUCAUUUGCACCUGCUUUACUGCUUGCUUAACUACUUAGUUGUUACUUGAGGUUAUGUUGUAACAGAUUUUUGUGGUGCUACCGCUUAUAUUUUAGCAAUGCGUGAAUCAGGAUCAGUGGCUACUUCGGAUAUAACUAGGGAACCUACAUGCAGCUGAUGCAACCAUCCACUGACCAUGCCUCUUCUCUUGGAAUAUGGCACAGGCCAAUGGGGUCUUGUGUAUCAGCACACCCAGUCUGACACACACAUCAUUGUACACAAACACUGACUUUCUCUGCCUCUUACUCAAACAUACACACUAGCAAACUCUCUUCCUCUCCUACAUACAGACAUA